AUGACGGACUUCAUACCUAGCAGAGUACGCUCUGACCUUGGACAUCAAAAGCGAUCAUCACGGCAUGCGGUAUCGAGGCGCCUGAGAUCCGGGACUGAAGGGCAUCACCACCGGCACCAUGCAAAAGAGACCGUCCAGUCCGCGAUAGACCUUAAGCCGCCGAUCACAUUCGACCAUAUCCUCCGACGGGACAAGAAAGACUCCGACUCGAGCAGGCGAGGCAGCUCGACUGCGCAGCAGCAGCUCGAUAACAAUACCAACAACGUUCCGCCCGUACCGGAGAAGCCUAUAAAGCCGGAGGAUGUGGCCAAGGCGAAGAAAGAGAAUGAGAGGCGCGAGGAGGAUCUCAAGGAGAGUUUGAAGAGCGUGGAGGAGGUGGGCAUGAGCAGUACGCGGCAGUUGGACGACACGUACUACGCUAUUCUGGAGAAGGCUUCAAUGCUACGGUCUACCGUUUCCAGUCUGCAACAGCUGGCGGAUGAGAGUCAGAGGAUGCAGUCGACGUUUCAAGAGGACACUGAGAAGCUGGAGAAGGAUACGGAGCAGAGUGUUCAGAGCUUGGGACAAUUCGAGCCGCAGGAGAAGAGGAUCAAUGAGCUCGUCUCGAAGCUGGAAGAUGCUCGAGGCAGAACAAACGAGUUGAAUGAUCAGCUGGAGUCUGCCAGGCUGCGAGUCGAGGCGUACGAGGGCAGAGAGAACGAGAAGGUCGCUCGACGAAGGGUCAGACUCAACAUUACUUGGGCGACGUUGCUUGGUGUUUUAAUGCUGGUGGUGUCUGUUCUACUCGCAAAGAACCGACGAGCAGUUGGCAAGCAGCUUGACGGUGUGAGCCAGCGGUUAGUGGGACUGGCUGAUGUGGUGGACGAUGUCGUUGCACCCAUAUCGACUAGAUUGAGGCCCAGUCCAAUGCGGCAGAAGUACCAUGACAUCCCAAGCUUACCGCGACAUUGGGCAUUCGGAAACCUCAAAAUCAUCGGGGAGAAAUGCAAUCCGCGUGCUGGCCGCCACCCGGACUAUGGCUUCGAGGAGAUAUGGAACGACCUGGAUCGGCCGGCUGCUUUCAUGGUCGAUCUUGCUCCGGUCGAUAAGCGUUCGUUCCUGGUAGUUGCGGAGCCCUCCAUUGCAGAGUCGGCUACCCAGCCAGGGGAUAAGUUCAAGUAUUCGCUCCCGAAGAGCGACACGAUGCAGGCUCUAAAGCCAUUGAUCGGGAAGGAGUCUAUCAUUACGGCUGAGGCUGAGGAGUGGCGAAACCUUCGGAAGCGGUUUAACAAAGGUUUCGCGCCUGCUCAUUUGCACAAUCUCAGUCCUCUGAUCAUAUCGAAGACGGAGAUCUUCGUUAAGCGCAUCCAGGACGCUGCGGAGACCGGUGCUGUUGUGCCUCUGAAGGAUUUCGCUCAAGAUCUAACGACCGAUAUCAUCACUCAGCUGGCUAUCGAGAAGGACUUCGAAUCGCAGAGCAUACCCGAAGGGCAGAGCCACAAGUCAUCUUCUGGCAUUCUUACAGCAUCGAGGAUACUGUCGACAUUGAUAGCAACGCAAGGCCAGGGCUUUGACCCUGUAGGCUUCUUUGACCCGGUCAGAAGAUUUAAGCAGUGGUACUAUGAGAGGCUCUUCGACCGCGAAUUGUACAGCGUUCUCGAGAAGAAGCUCAAGCAGGAACAGCUCCAGCCAAAGAAGAGAGAUGUCUCCACCAAAGCUAUUGUGCAACUGGCUCUAGCAGACAUGGAACCAACACCGGCUUUGCUGUGGAACACAGUUGCGCAGAUCAAAUCGUUCUUGUUUGCAGGUCAGGAUACCACAGCGACGAUGAUUCAGUGGCUCUGCUACGAACUGUCGAAAGCGAACCACAACCCUCGGAAUCAGGAGAUCCUCAAGAAAUUGGAAGAUGAGCACAAUGCCGUCUUCGGAUCUGGAGCCUUUUCCGCGCUCGAGAUCCUACGCAAGCCUGGUCAGGCCGAAGAACUGCUCGGCUCGAAGAUUCCAUACACCACCGCCUUCAUCAGGGAGACCCUACGUCUCCAUCCGCCCGCUGGCACAGCUCGCAUUGUCCCGGACGCCGACGAAAGCAACCCACCCGUGUCCGUGAACAUUGAAGGCCGAGAUGCACGCAUUGAUGGUCUGAGAGUCUACAACUGCCAAUGGCUCAUCCACCGAAACAAGAAGAUCUGGGGCCCCGAUGCCGAUGUCUUCAACCCAGAUCGAUGGCUCGAUGAGGACUUCAUCAGCAAGCUGCCGCCCGGAGCGUGGCGACCUUUCGAGCGUGGACCGCGAAACUGCAUCGGGCAGGAGCUGGCGCUGUUGGAGGGCAAGGUGGUCAUGGCUGCUGUGACGAGAGGGUUGCGGUUUGAGAAGGUCGGAAACACCGGCUUGAAUGGGGAGAAGGAGGUCUGGGGCGUAGCGAAUGUUACGACCGUGCCUGUUGAUGGUAUGACGAUGAGGUUUCACUUGAAGGCUUAG